UCCGUGCAGUUCACUGGUUUCAGGGCGGAGAGCGCUGAGAGUCGCACUUCCACCAGCAGCGUUUACACACACUGUUCAGUACUAACCUCACACACACACGCGCAGGGUUGGGCUCACACUCAGCCGUCCUCGGAUCUACAGCCGCCGGAACAUUUAGGAGUUUCAAGUGGUUUUAAUGUUCGCCGAAGCGAGCGGAACCUGCCAUCAUGGGAUUGCCGUCACCAGCCAAUGUGCUGAAGUGAGCUGGAUUUUCCCUCCGGUUUAACCCCGACCCCUCCCCCAGGGGCCACUCCCCCCUCCAUCCCACCGGAGGACCAGCAAUCAUGGCGGGAAUCAAGCGCGGGUACGACGGAAAGAUCGCUGGACUAUAUGACCUGGACAAGACGCUCGGCCGUGGCCAUUUCGCCGUGGUCAAACUAGCGCGUCACGUCUUCACCGGCGAAAAAGUGGCAGUCAAGGUGAUUGACAAGACCAAGCUCGACACGGUCGCGACCGGUCACCUGUUCCAGGAGGUCCGUUGUAUGAAACUGGUCCAGCAUCCCAACAUCGUUCGGCUCUACGAGGUCAUUGACACGCAGACAAAGCUCUACCUGAUCUUGGAGCUUGGCGAUGGUGGUGACAUGUUUGAUUACAUCAUGAAGCACGAGGAGGGACUGAAAGAGGAGCUGGCCAAGAAAUAUUUCGCCCAGAUCGUGCACGCCAUCUCGUACUGUCACCGGUUGCAUGUGGUUCACCGUGACCUGAAGCCAGAGAAUGUGGUGUUCUUUGAGAAACAGGGCCUGGUCAAGCUCACCGACUUUGGCUUCAGUAAUAAGUUUCAGCCGGGAAAGAAGCUCACCACCAGCUGUGGCUCGCUGGCUUAUUCUGCCCCUGAGAUCCUGCUGGGAGAUGAGUAUGAUGCACCUGCUGUGGAUAUCUGGAGUCUAGGGGUCAUCCUCUUCAUGCUGGUGUGUGGUCAGCCCCCUUUCCAGGAAGCCAAUGACAGCGAGACCCUCACUAUGAUCAUGGACUGCAAAUACACUGUACCUGCCCAUGUCUCCAACGCCUGCAAAGACCUGAUAAACCGAAUGCUACAAAGGGAUCCGAAGAGGCGAGCAUCGCUGGAGGAGAUCGAGAGCCACGCGUGGCUUCAAGGAGUGGACCCAUCUCCAGCCACCAAAUUCAACACCCCACUGGUGUCUCACAAGAAUCUGUCAGAAGAGGAACACAACAGCAUCAUCCAACGCAUGGUGCUGGGAGACAUAGCCGACAGAGAAGCCAUCAUCGAAGCCCUGGAGACAAACAAGUACAACCAGAUCACUGCUACUUACUUCUUGUUGGCUGAACGGAUCCUGAGGGAAAAGCAGGAGAAGGAGGCGCAACCUCGUUCUUCCAGCCCCAGUAACAUCAAGGCCCAAUUCAGGCAGUCAUGGCCGUCCAAAAACGACAUGCAUCAGGACAUCGAGGACAGCUUAGCCUCUUCGUCCAUCUCUCAUGCUGGAGGUCCACAGUCUCCUGCUCGCAGUACAGAGAACCUGCUAAACGGUCACCGCAAUAAAGGGCUUCUGGAAGUGUUUCAUAGAGAGAUCAACGAAGCCUCCAGCAGUUCUGCUGCACCUGCAGCUCUGCCCCCAAACCCCCUUAAGCCUGGGGUCAUGGCUCCCCUUGUAUCCGCUUCAUCCAAGCAACGAAUCUGCCUGUUUCGGGUGGAAGAAGAUGAGGAGGAGGAAGAAGAACAGGAGCCUUUACCCUUGCCCUCCCAGGUUGUCUUGCGCCGCAAACCAUUGUCCAUCACCAACCGGCUUACAUCUCGAAAAAGUGCCCCAGUGCUCAAUCAGAUCUUCGAGGAGGAAGGUGAAUCAGAUGAUGACUUUGACAUGGAUGAGAGUCUUCCACCCAAGCUCAGCCGGUUGAAGAUGAACAUUGCAUCUCCUGGUACGGCUCAAAAACGCUACCACCGGCGCAAAAGUCAAGGCCGCGGUUCAAGCUGCUCUAGCUCUGAGACCAGCGAUGAUGAUUCGGAGAGCCAUCGCAGACGACUAGACAAAGACACAGGGUUCACCUACAGCUGGAACCGCAGGGACAGUAGUGAGGGUCCACCUGGAAACUCUGGGGGCAAUGGGGGUGGAAGUAGCGGAGGGCAGAGCAAACCACCUGGGGAAGGUAACUCAGGACCAGACAAGGGCAGCCCUCCAGGAGGAGGAAAUGGCGGUAGUACAGGAGGGGACAGUGGAAGUGGUGGGAGUACAAAAGGACAGGGAGGCCCUUCCAGCUGUUCCCGUAGCAACAACAAUGCUUCAUCUGGCUCGACACGUAGUGCAUCUCGGAGUGCGGGGGAACUUGUAGAGAGUCUGAAACUCAUGAGUCUAUGCUUGAGUUCUCAGUUUCAGCAUCGCAGCUCGGGAGGAGGUGGUGGUGGACGGUUUAUCCUUGAUCCUCAGAGCCUGUCCAGCGUUAAAGUUCAGGAGAAAUCCUCCUGGAAGAUGUGCAUUGGCUCCAACAACAGUCUAGACAAAGUGAUCAACCCCGCCUUGAAUGGUAGCGUUGGGACAAUGGAGCAUUAUCAAGACCAAACGUCGGUCAUGUUAAAUGAACUUGGCCUGGUCAAGGAGAACAGCCUGAACUUGAAAAAUAAUGUUCUCCAGCUACCUCUGUGUGAAAAGACCAUCUCCGUGAACAUCCAGCGAACCCCCAGGGAUGGGCUACUCUGUGGCUCAGCCCAGGCCAGCUGCUGUCAGGUCAUAUGAUGGCACGGCACACAGCUGGAUCUCAGAGUGGAUUGUUCCUAUUGCCACAUUUGUAGCAUACAAUGACUUGAGUUCUCCACCAGUAGCUGUAAAUGACCUCUCUUGAUCCCAACUUGACCUUUAGACCUGCCUUCAAUGUCGUCUUAAUCAUUCUCACAACUUAUUUAUUAAGUUCUUCUCUUGGACCCAUUGGUUUUUAAUGAAGUGCACGCUGCUAUCCUUUUCUUGUCUUGUCUUUAUUUGUUUUGCCCAAUUAGACUUUAAUACAAUUUAAUAUUUGUUUUCCAAGUCCUGUUAAUUUUGCAGUUUUAGCCCUUGAAAUGAAGCGCUCUUAAUAUGAAUUCCAUGGUUCCAACACCAACCAAUUAGUCAAGAGUUGUGGAAACUGUAUGUAUAAAUAAAUGACCUUUUAAUAAAGUAAGAUUUUAAUUAAGACCAACAGUAUGGUAGAACAGAACAUGGCAAUUCAUAAAACAAGCACUUAAAGAAACUAGAAAUACCACAACUGGUUUUGUAAAUUUAAGCCCCAAUAUGAUUGUAAUAAGAUGAUAAUACAGUAAAAGCAAUAGUUGAAGUAAAGAACAAUCCAGGGGUUUUAGUUAAGGUUUUCUUUUUUUUUUUUUUUAAUUCAUAGUGCUGUCUGAUGUUUUUUUUUUUUUUUUUUUUUUUUUUUGCACAUUUUUUAAGUGCUAUUGACUGUUUCCUUGUCACCAUUUAGAAAUGUUCAGAAUAUAUCAUUUUUGAGGUUAGUGACAAUCAGUUGCAAUAACAAGGGAAAUUUUUUCAUGGAUAAUUUCCAAGAGGGGGCUACAAAUAACCCAGAUGUAAAUAAAAAAAAAAAAAAAAAAAAAAAACUUUU